GUGCCUCUCUCUCUCUAUCUCUCUCUCUCCCUCUCUCUCUUUCUCUCUCACACACACAGAAACCAUGUGAUGUGCUUUUUCCCUAUUCGGGCCACAGGGGGAGGGAGGCAUCAGUGUAACGUAAACCCUCAGCUGAUGGAGAGACGCAGCAAACCUCUGGGACCUAGUCACUCACUUUGUCUUCAGUCUGUCAGCGCAGCAGUUUUCCAACCAGCAGUUUCUUCUGCAGGACAGGAUUGCAUCUCCAGGGAGCCUCGUCCUCUAACAGGGAUCAGCUUUGUCAAAUAGUGGACGGACUUUAAUGAAGUGUUUAGUCACUGGUCAGGUCACAGAGCUACUCAGAUGGUUGAUCCAGUGACGGAUGCGGGACGGAGACGGUCCAAUGUCCUUAAGUGGCCUUUUUAAACUCUUCCUAACUAACAGAGUGGAUCAUGUGAGCAGGUAACCUGGGAGGGGCCAGUUUUCUCUGUUUUGGACGCCUCAGAGACGUCAAGGACGGGAUGGUAAGGACCAUGACAUUUCAAUCGCAGCUCUUCUUUGCUGAUUCCAACUAACAUCCAUAGUCUUCUGAUGAAGGGACAAAGAAAAACAAUUGACUCACUAUUGUUGAAUGGCUGCAUAACUUUAAACUGCCUUAAACCACAAUGCUGUCUGCAGCUCGUGGGUUCGACUACACAACCGCAGUAGUGUCCAGGCUGAGGGUUAACUUGUCACAGAGCUGCCUCAUCAAAUGACUGUGCCCUGACUCCCGUCAGAGUCGAGGGCUGCUUGGCCCAGCAUGGGAAACUCCUCCAGGAAGGGUGAGGGGGAAGAUGAAGAAGAUGGGGCAAAGGAUGGAGAAGAGGCAGAAAUCCCAGAGAAGAAGAAAGAAGCAGAUGAGGAAGUAGAGGAGGAGCUACCAUUGGGCGUAGAGGAAUUAUUGGAGAGUGGAGAUCCCGUGUUGGACUUGAGCUACCGCAAAUUUAAGCGGUUACCUUCACGUGUUUUUGAAUUGAUGCAUCUGGAGAAGCUUUAUGUUUGUGGGAAUAGCCUCCGCACUCUACCUGACAGCCUCACCCAGCUGCAGGGUCUGCGUAUACUCGCCCUCGACUUCAACAAGAUGGAAGAUGUGCCGCCGGCCGUGUGUCAGCUCACCAACCUCACCCGUCUUUACCUGGGCAGCAACCGGCUCAUGAGCCUCCCACCUGAGGUGAGGAACCUGCAGAGCCUGAGAUGCCUCUGGAUGGAAAGCAACUACUUCCAUAGAUUUCCCAAAGAGCUCUAUGACUUACCCCAGCUCAAGUCCCUGCAGAUAGGGGACAACCGGCUGAAGACGCUACCUACCGACCUCUGCCGCAUGGAAGCUCUCAGAGGAUUGUGGCUUUACGGAAACCGCUUUGAAACCUUCCCCAAAGUCCUGCUACGCAUGGAGGCCUUGGAAAUCUUAGACCUGGACCGCAACAAAAUAUCAGAUUUCCCCAGCCUGAAGCGCCUCAAGGGCCUGCGUCUUUUCUCCUAUGACCAUAACCCAGUCAGUGAACCCCCUACAGUGGGAGAGGAGGUGUUCGUGGUUGGGGAAGGGGCUGCAGAGUUCCUGGAGGCACGUCAGGAUGGGAAAGAGAGACAACGAAUGGCAGCAGAGAAAGAGGCAGAGGAGUUGGCGUUGGCUGGAGAAGAGCCAGUGAUUCAUGGCAUUCUAAAAAACAGCAAUUCCAACUCAAAACAAGCAGCAACUGAAGCUGUGCUGACUAGAGAGGACAUGAAUGUUAGAGAGGGAGUAGCCCUGGUGAAGCAGGAGGACAAGACAGGGGAUGCGGGGGUCCCAGGCCCUGAGUACGAUGGAGCCGAGCUCGAGUAUGAUGAAGAAAUGAUGGAAUAUGAGACAGAGGAGCUGAUGUGGGAACAAGAUGGAUUUAUGUAUGAGGGAGAAGAGCUGGAGUACGAGAGGGCCCAGCUGGACUACGAGUACGAAGACAAGCAGGACAACACGGGGAGACAAGAUGGAGGGGCGUGAAAAGUCCCCCCAACAUCCAGGAGAUCUGCGGGCAGGUGCACGUGGAUGAUGGGAAGUGCAGCAGAUACGUUCCUUUAAAGGAGACUGGUGUGUGGACAAGGGGCCGUAUCUCUGUGAUGGGCAGCCAGUGACAUCACAGAUGUGGGAAGGUUUAAUGUCUGAAGAUGAACCUGUGAAAGGAAAACGGCUCAUGUGAGUC